AUGGAGAAGGACGAGUCUAUCGCCGUCACCACUGGUGCGAUGGUCGAUGAGACCGCGCCUGAUGAUAAGAUCAAAGCGCUGCGUGAUCUUAAGGCUCAUCACCACUGGGAUCCAAACAUGCCCGAGGAGAUUGUUGAGGAACUCGAUGAGGCCUUACAUACAUCCGACAAGCGUACCCAGGAGGUUAUCGCCCAGGAACUCCUGGACAACUCCCCAUACCCCGAGGUUCGGUCCGCUGUUCCCAAUGUCGAUGAGGGUGGAUCUGUGAAUACUAUUCGUGCCUGGGUGAUUGGUCUCCUCUUUGCGACCAUUGGAUCUGCCCUCAACAUGUUGUUCUCGAUGCGUCAGCCCUACAUUGUCAUCCCCUCAUACAUUGCGCAGGUUGUCGCUUACCCCGUGGGAAAGGCAUGGGAAAUGUGGAUGCCCAAUUACACUAUCAAUUUCUUUGGAUUCAAAGGUCAACUCAACCCUGGUGUUUUCACCAAGAAAGAACAUACCAUUGUGGUUAUCAUGGCUAACGCCACUUUCGGUGGUGGCGCCGCCUACGCGACGGAUGUCAUCUUGGCUCAGCGUGCUUUCUAUGGACAACACUUCGGCUGGGGUUUCGAAAUCCUGAUGUGUAUUUCCACACAGAUGCUGGGCUUCGGCAUGGCUGGCUUCUUUACCCGCUUCCUGGUUCAGCCCGCUGCCAUGAUCUGGCCCUCGACCCUGAUCAAUACCUCUCUCUUCGCUGCGCUGCACGAUCGCACCAAGCCGGAUCCCAGCAAGGUCGCCGGCUGGAGGAUUGGAAAGUAUCAGAUGUUCCUGUACGCCAUGAUUGGCUCUUUCUGCUGGUACUGGUUCCCCGGCUACAUUGCACCGUUCCUGAGUAUCUUUGCCUGGAUUACCUGGAUUAAGCCCAACAACGUGGUUGUCAACCAGCUCUUCGGUGGAGCGACCGGCCUCUCGCUUCUGCCAAUGACAUUUGACUGGACUCAGAUCUCUGGAUUCAAUUUCAGUCCCAUGAUUGCUCCUUGGUACGCUAUCUCUAAUACUAUGAUUGGCAUGUUCCUCUGGUUCUGGAUUGUCACUCCCGCUAUCCACUACUCCAAUCUCUUCUACGCUCAGUUCCUACCUAUGAGUGACUCCAGCAGUUACGACAACACUGGCCAUGUAUACAAUGUCAGCAAGAUUCUUACUCCUGACUAUACCUUUGACACCGCCAAGUACGAGAGCUAUUCGCCUCUGUUCCUGUCGACAACAUUCAUGCUGUCCUACGGCCUCUCCUUUGCCAGUAUCAUCGCUGUGCUUGUCCAGGCCGGCCUUUUCAACGGCCCGGAUAUCUGGGCUCGAUUCCGUCGCGUCGGAAGGGAGGAGGAAGAUGUUCAUGGUCGUCUCAUGACUUGCUACGCUACAGUUCCACUUUGGUGGUACUUGAUCGUGUUUCUGUCCAUGACCGCAAUCGGCUUUGGUGUUAUCCUUGGCUGGCCUACACACAUGAGCUGGUGGUCCUUCAUUAUUGCUCUGAUCAUCGCCGCUGUCUGGUUUGUUCCUAUUGGUAUUGUCAAGGCUGCCACCAACAUCGAUAUCGGUCUGAAUGUCAUCACCGAGUUCAUUAUCGGUUACAUGCAGCCCGGUAAACCCAUGGCCAUGAUGCUGUUCAAGACCUACGGUUACAUCAGUAUGUACCAGGGAAUGUACUUCACACAGGAUUUGAAAAUUGGUCACUACAUGAAGAUUCCCCCUCGCGUGACUUUCAUGGCCCAAAUGGUCGCUUGUUUCUGGUCCUCCCUGGUGCAAAUCGCCACCAUGAACUGGGCUCUGGGCGCCAUCAAGGGCGUCUGCGACCAGUUCCAGCCCAACCACUUUACCUGCCCCAACGGUCGUGUGUUCUUCAACGCCUCGGUCAUCUGGGGUGUCAUUGGACCCGCUCGCAUGUUCUCCAUUGGCCAGCUCUACUCGCCGCUGAUGUUCUUCUUCCUUGCCGGUGCCAUUCUUCCCGUCCUCAUCUACCUCGGUGCCCGCUACUUCCCCAAGAGCCCGAUUAAGUAUCUCAGUGCCCCCUUAAUCUUCGGUGGUGCCGGUUUAAUUCCUCCCGCUACCCCUCUGAACUACCUGUCCUGGGGUAUUGUCGGAUUCGUCUUCAACAAGUACAUCCGUGACCGCUGGCGCGGAUGGUGGAUGCAGUACAACUAUGUCCUCUCAGCUGGUCUGGAUGUCGGUCUUGCUUUGAGCACCAUUGUCAUUUUCUUGACUCUUAACUUGACCGAUACUAGCUUCCCCGAAUGGUGGGGCACCAGGAUCACCGUUGGCACUAUGGAUGUCAACGAUGCAGCCAUUCGGAACCCUAUCCCUGAUGGCCAGACCUUCGGUCCUACCAAGUGGUAG